CAACUCCAGGGGUCAGUCCGGCCCCGCCCUGCCCCGCCCUGCCCCGCCCGGCCACCAUGGAGUUCGCGGAGCUGAUCAAGACGCCGCGGGUGGACAACGUGGUGCUGCACCGGCCCUUCCACCCGGCCGUGGAGGGGACGCUGUGCCUGACCGGCCACCACCUCAUCCUGUCCUCGCGCCAGGACAGCACCGAGGAGCUGUGGCUGCUGCACGCCAACAUCGACGCCCUCGAGAAGCGAUUUGUGGGCCCUCUGGGGACCAUCAUUAUAAAAUGUAAAGAUUUUCGGAUCAUUCAGCUGGAUAUUCCCGGCAUGGAAGAGUCUUUGAAUAUAGCCAGUUCCAUUGAAGCGCUGUCCACCCUGGACUCCAUCACGCUCAUGUACCCCUUCUUCUACCGGCCCAUGUUCGAGGUGAUCGAGGACGGCUGGCACGCCUUCCUUCCCGAGCAGGAGUUCGAGCUCCAUUCCUCGGCGACCAAUGAAUGGCGGCUGAGUCACGUCAACAGGGACUUUACCGUCUGCCCCUCGUACCCGCCAGUCGUCAUCGUGCCCAAGGCCAUCGACGACGAGGCCCUGCGCAAGGUGGCCGCCUUCCGCCAAGGUGGACGCUUCCCUGUGCUCAGCUACUACCAUAAGAAGAACGGGAUGGUGAUCAUGCGCAGUGGCCAGCCGCUCACAGGCACCAGCGGGCGGCGCUGCCGUGAGGACGAGAAGCUCAUCAACGCGUCGCUGAGGGCGGGAAAGCGCGGCUACAUCGUGGACACCCGGCCCCUGGGCGCGGCUCAGCAGGCCCGGGCUCGGGGCGGCGGCUUCGAGCAGGAGGCACAUUACCCGCAGUGGAGGCGCAUCCACAAGUCCAUCGAGAGGUACCACGUCCUUCAGGAGAGCCUCGUGAAGCUGGUAGAGGCCUGUAAUGACCAGUCCCAGAACAUGGACCGAUGGCUGAGCAAGCUGGAGGCCUCCAAUUGGCUGACGCACGUCAAGGAGACUCUGACCACUGCCUGCCUGGCCGCCCAGUGCAUCGACAGGGAAGGCGCCUCUGUCCUGAUCCAUGGCUCUGAAGGCACCGACUCCACACUGCAGGUCACCUCCCUGGCCCAGAUCAUCCUGGACCCCAGAAGCCGGACCGUGCACGGGUUUGAGGCUCUGAUCGAGAGAGAGUGGCUGCAGGCUGGGCACCCGUUCCAGCAGCGCUGUGCACAGUCGGCCUAUGGCCCCAGCAGGCAGCGCUGGGAGGCGCCCGUUUUCCUGCUCUUCCUGGACUGCGUGUGGCAGAUCCUGCGCCAAUUCCCCUGCUCCUUCGAGUUUGGCGAGAGCUUCCUCAUCCUCCUCUUCGAGCACGCCUACGCCUCACAGUUUGGGACUUUUCUGGGCAACAAUGAGAGCGAGAGAUGCAAGCUGAAGCUGCAACAGAAGACCAUGUCUCUGUGGUCCUGGGUCAACCGGCCCAGCGAGCUGAGGAGGUUCACCAACCCGCUCUAUGAGGCCAACAACCUGGUCAUCUGGCCCUCGGUGGCGCCCCAGAGCCUGCAGCUGUGGGAAGGAGUGUUCCUGCGUUGGAACAGAUCCUCCAAGUACCUGGACGAAGCCUAUGAAGAAAUGGUCAAUGUCAUCAAGUAUAACAAGGAAUUACAGGCCAAGGUCAACCUCCUUCGGAGGCAGCUGGCAGAACUGGAGACCGAGGGCGGGGUGGAGGAGACCCCCUGAGUGACCCCACCUCCUCAGGACCUGAGCCCCACCCCCGCCCCAUGCCCGUCAGCCCCCUCUCCCCGCGUUGGACCCCUCAAUACUCACGAGUGAAUGCUGCUGUCAUGUGUGUGCGUCUGUGGCCUGGUAGGUACUUCCUGCGCAGGAGGCGGGCAGGAGGCGCCAUCACCAAAUCCCAGUGGACAGAGGGACCUGCUUGCCCCGGGCUCACCUGCCUUUUGUCAGAAGCUUCU